AUUGUGAAUAUAGUUUUCACCUUAUUCUUCUCAUAAUUGUUCAUAUUGUAUAUAGUUUAUUAAUGUUAAAGAAAAAUCUGUUUAUUGGACUAGAAGGGGGAGAUGUGUGAAUGUGCGUCUCUGUGUUUUGAACUGUUGACGGUAGACAGACAGAGAGCUACUAAAUACUAGCCCAGUCUUUGUAUUGUUAUUUCCAUGGCCCACCACCGGUCUCAUAUUUUGUAAGUAUUUGUCCUUCCUCACUUGUCUAUUUGGCUGUAAUAAAGAGCUGACAGCUAAUAACUGGGCAGAGUGGAGGGUGGAACUUCCUGGAAAGAUAGGAGCUCUGGGAAAGAAACCAAGGGCAUGAGUGGGACACAGAGGUUAAAGGACACAAGAGUGGAGCAGAGAUAGAGCUGGCCAUGUGGUGGGACGUAAUGCCAGGACUAGUUGGGUCAAGCCAGAAAGCUUGCUGUGAACCUGCCCAGCUAAAAUGCCCAAGCUUUAAAAUACCAAAAAGCCUCUGUGUCAGUAUUUUUACUGCUGGCAGAAAUGGUUGUGAGUUGUUCUGCAGGUUCUGAAGCAUGAUGGAAUUUUAGGGGUGGGGAUCGUUUCAGUAAAUACAGUUGCCACUGUGAUUCCUACAGCAGGCUCAUGGUGUCUUUCUAUUUGUGGUAUUUUGGAGACACAGUCAGCAUGAACAGGAAGUCAGCCAUAGAAGGAUGGGAGACUUUCUCUUAGCUCUUCUGCAGCAAUGCUAGCUGGAAACAUGGAGAGGAAGGAGGAAGAACUCUAAAAAGGUCACUCAAAUCAGGCAGCUAUGGCUGAGGAGUUUGUCACCCUCAAAGAUGUAGCCAUGGACUUCACCUUGGAAGACUGGGAAGAGCUGGAGCUAGAGCUGGGCCAGGGAGACCUGUUCUGGGAUGCAACCCCGAGCACCUGCCAGGACCUUCUCUUGUUCACAGACCCCCCACGACCCAGCCUGGUUUCCCAACCAGAUAUCAGGGAAGAGCUGGAAGCGAUAGUCAGAGGAGGCCCAGAAGCCAGCAGUACUGAAGUGAUUGACACCAAGAACGCUGCUUUGCAACAGGGCUUCUCAGAAGAUGCCCUAUCCCAGAUUAUGGAGACAUUUUCCAAGGAGGAACUCAAAUUUGAAGGCUGUAUAGGUGAGAACUGGUUAGAUAGUUUUUUAGAAGAGCUAGAAAGUCUUCCAAGAUCUGAUAUUACCAACAAGGAAAGCCCCACAGAUUACAAGAGUCCUGAAUUCAAGAGCUGCUUCAGUCCUGGGCCUCUCUUUUCCACAAGAGAAGAUGCUGUGAUGUCUGAUAUUCCUGAAAAGAAACUCACACCAGAGAUACCGAAGGAAUCCAAGAGUGACUUGAGCCAUCAGGACCCUGUCCUGGGAGAGGAGAUGCUCUAUAAGUGUGAUGAGUGUGAGAAAAGCUUCAGCCAGAGUUACCACCUCAUCCAGCACUGGAUUAACCAUGUGAGGGAGAAGCCUCCUUCAAGGCAAGAGCAGGAGCAGGGGCUCAGCAAGGGUGCUGUUCUUCUCAUGAACCCAGUGACUCAAACAAGCUACAAGUCUUUCAUGUGUGAGGAAUGUGGGAAGAGGUUUAGUCAGAAUAUGUACCUUCAGUGGCAUCAGAAAAUUCACACUGGAGAAAAACUCUGUAAAACGCAAAAUGAUAACCUAGACCAGCCACUUAAGAGUCAAAGUGGUAAGCCCCAAAAGCUGCAGCAGAGUAAAGGUGCUGACUCAGCAAAAGUAUGUACCACUCAAGGUUGGGACCAAGAAAAACCAUCUACUAGUAAAAGUAGUGACCCAGAAAAACUGUGUAAGAGUCAGUGUGCUGACACUCCAUCCAUUCUUCAUCCACAGCCUAUUAAACAUCAGAAAACUACAAAUACUAAGUCCUACAGAUGUAAGAAAUGUGGGAAGGCAUUCAGCCAGGCCUUUCAUCUAGCUGGACACCAGAAAGUCCAUACUCAGAAACUCUACAAAUGUGCUGUAUGCCCUGAAAUCUUCAAUUUACGGAAAUAUUUCUUGCAGCAUCAAAAAACUCACUUUGUGAAAACUGUCUUUGAAUGUCAAGAAUGUAGAAAGAUCUUUAGUCAGAGGUCAUUGCUUAUUGAGCACCAGGCUGUUCAUACAGGAGAGAAGCCACACAAGUGUAAUGAAUGUGGUAAAGCUUUCAACCAUUCCUCCACCCUGAAGACCCACCAAAGGGUUCACAGUGGAGAGAAGCCUUACAAAUGCAGUGAGUGUGGGAAAGCCUUCUGUCGGAGCACACACCUUAGUGAGCACCAGCGAAUCCACUCAGGCUACAGGCCCUACCAGUGUUCAUCUUGUGUCAAGAGGUUUAGCCGCCCCUCUCACUUGAGUCGACAUCAGCUGAGCCAUGCCACAGAGAAGCUCUUUGACUGUGCUGAAUGCAAGGAGACCUUCAGCCAUGAAGAACAGCUACUGCAGCACCAUAAGGCCCACAGCAUCGAGACCCAGUAUGAAUGUAAGCAGUGUGGAGAACGCUUCAUUUGCAGCUCAACUCUGAAGUGCCACCUGAGCAUUCACACCAGAGAAAACAUAACUGAGAAAGAUUUGAGUUGGAACUCAAGGCACACUGAGAAACGCUUUAAGUGUGACAAGUGUGGAAAAGCCUUCAUCCAGAGCAAGAACCUAGGGAAGUAUGAGAAGAUUCAUACCAAGGUGACAGCCUGUGAGUGCAGUCUACUUGGGGAAACCUGUGACCAGAGUGUGCAGCUCAUUUGCCGUCAGAGCACCCAUGCUGAUGUGGAGCCAGGUGAAUGCCCUGAGCCUGAGAAACCCACGGAUAACACCUCUGUCGCUGAACACCAGCCUUCCCAAAGUGAGUGCCCCUUUAAAUGUAACAAAUGUGACAGGACCUUUAGCCAGAGUGCCCACCUUUUGAAACAUGAGUUAAUUCACACUGAAGAGAAGCCAUUUAAAUGCAAUGAAUGUGACAGAGCCUUCAAGCAGAGUAACUACCUUAUUCAGCACCAGAGAACUCAUGCCAUAAAGAAGCACUUUGAGUGCAGUGAGUGUGGGAAGACAUUUCAUCAGAGCUCCUGCCUUUCUAAGCAUCAGAAAAUUCACGCAGGGGAGAAGCCCUUUAAAUGUGGUGACUGUGGGAAAUCCUUCCUUUUGGGUGCCCAACUCAUCCGACACCGGAGAAUUCACACUGGGGAAAAACCUUAUGUUUGUCAAGAAUGUGGGAGGGCCUUUGGCCAGAGCUCAGGCCUUUCUCUUCACCGUAGAGUUCACACUGGUGAGAAGCCAUACACAUGUAGCAAGUGUGGGAAAGCCUUCUCCCAGAAAGCGAAUCAGAUGAAGCAUGAGAGGAUUCACAAUGGAGAAAAGCCGUAUGCCUGUGACGUGUGUGGUAAAGCCUUUGGCGUCAGCACCCAUCUCAGUCAACACCAGAGAAUUCACACCCAAGAGAAACCAUAUUGUCAAGAUUGUCACAAAGCCUUUUACAGCUAUUCUGCUCUUAGCAAACAUGAGCAACUCCACAGCUGUAAGGUAACAGGUGGCACCGCUGAGAGCCACUUGGUGCCAGCAGAGUCCCACACUUCUGAAGGCAUUCAUGUCAAGCCAGCCAUUGCAACCAACACAUUGCAGACCUCCCCUCCUGAUAAGUCCUAAUAAAAAUCGACAAGACAAAUUAUACAGGCUCGUUCCAUGCAGACCAGCAAUUUUCAGCUCUCCUGAUGUUGUGACCUUAGUUCCUCAUGUUGUGGUAACUCCAACCAUAAAAAUCAUUUCAUUGCUACUUCAUAACUGUGAUUUUGCUACUGUUAUGAAUUGUAAAGUUUUCCGGUGGUCUUAGGAGACCUUUUGGAUCCAGAGGGGGUUAAGACCCAGAGGUUGAGAAGCGCUGAAUCUGAAGCUGUGCAAUGUCAGCAUUCAGGGGUAGACUUUGGGGCCAGUCCACCUGAGCCGAACUCCAGUUCUGUCAUCCUAAGUAGCCUUGUGAAAGUCAUAACAUUUUUCCAGUACUUCAGUUUCCUCAUCUAUAAAAUGGGCAUAAAAUUCACAUCCCUCAGGGCUGUGGUGAGAAUUAAAUAAAUCUCAAGCACUUUAUACCUGGAACAUGCAUAGUUCACUGAUGAUGAACUAUGGAUGAGUGUCUAACUAUAAAGCAUGAACACACUUAGAUUGAAGAUGAAAACUUGUGAACCAUUCACUGUGGCUAAUGUUCAUUGUAGCAUAUAUAGCUUUUAAGAUUUUCCCAUUUACCAGUUUUUGCUCAACUCCCUACUCUUUUUAAAUACCUGGCAUUUUCCUUUC